AAAUGUUUUUUUUACUUGGGGGAAUAUAUGUAUGUUAGGAUGAACUUUGAUUGAUAUAUAGUAUUAAGAAAAUGUAAUCAAUUACGUUGACUUACGAAUGUCAACCUUCGUGAGGGCCACAAAGGGCAACCACUACGGACAUUAUGUCGUUAGUGUUUGGGUGCUAUAAAUAGCUCCUGAAAUUAGUGAAGUCUAUAAGCAGCACUCGUACAAAAAGUUCACAACAACUUCAAAGUCACCAUGGCUUCAGUUCAUCACCCAAGGAGGUUUUUCUUCAUCCUUAGCAUCAUCACACUUGCCUGCUUCUCCUGGUUUGUGAAACCUAGCGAAGCUGUCUACCAUGGCUACGUACCGAGUCCAUGGACCCUUGCCCAUGCGACAUUUUAUGGGGAUGAGAGUGCAUCUGAAACCAUGGGUGGUGCUUGUGGAUAUGGAAACUUGAUAACUAAUGGAUACGGAACGGAUACAGCUGCUUUGAGCACAACCAUCUUUAGCGAAGGUUACGCCUGUGGUCAGUGUUACCAAAUACGGAUUCAAACAACGGUGGAUGGUGUAAUCCUCCCAGAACCCCACUUCGACAUGGCCAAGCCUGCGUUCAUGAAAAUUGCUCAGUGGAAGGCUGGCAUUGUCCCUGUCAUGUACCGCAGGGUACCAUGCAAUGCUAUUAGGAAAGGUGGCAUCAGAUUCUCAUUUCAAGGCAAUGGGUAUUGGCUGUUGGUGUAUGUGAUGAAUGUUGCUGGUGCUGGAGACAUCAAACAGAUGUGGGUGAAAGGGACGAAGACAGGUUGGAUGAGCAUGAGUCAUAAUUGGGGUGCGUCGUACCAAGCUUUUGCUACUCUUAAGGGACAAGCCCUCUCCUUCAGAUUAACUUCAUACACCACCAAGCAGACUAUCACUGCCUACAAUGUCACCCCUGCUAACUGGAAUUUAGGGUUGACAUAUCAAGGCAACGUCAACUUCCAUUGAUUACCGGCGGUGUUUACAGUAUUCAAACGCCUCUUAAUAUUGCAUCUCUUCAAACGCAUUUGAAACCGUUUGAUUGAGUUGAAGCUAGUACAUCUGCUUCUAAGCUAUAUUGCAUCCAGUUAGUUGUUUUCAAAUUGUAAUUUCCGUCCAUCCCAUUAAAAUUAAAAUAUUCUAAUGGGUUAGAGAUGGAUUUAACCUAGCUAUGUAUUUUAGCUACUAUAAGUAUCCAUCAUGUGGCGUUCUUUAGGUUAAUGACAC